AUGUCUGUAAAUAUUUCUGAGAAAAAAGAUCAUCAAAUAUCAACUGAUAAUCAGUUACCAGUAUUCACAGAUGCAUGGCAAAAAACACUUUAUCAAAAUACAUUUCGUAUUGAUUCAAUACAAUCGCAAUCAACUUCACCUACUAUUGAACGAGAUAAAAUGAAUCAUCAAUUAACAAUUGAAAUAUUUGAUCGAUUAUUAAAAUUUGGUAAUGAAACUGAUAGACCAUUAUUUUGUCAACGUUUACAAGUUAUAUGGGAAGAACAAGGUAUUUUUUGUCAAACACAUCCAACAAUUACCAGUCAAAUACUCGAUUUAUAUAAACUACAUCAUAUAGUUCAAGAAAAACAAGGCUAUUUAGAGAUAACAACAAAUCGAGGUUGGAAAGAAAUAUCAAAUGUAUUAGGUUUUGGUGAUUCUGGUUCAGCUGCAUAUAGUGUCAAACGAAACUAUGUUCGAUUAGGUUUAUUAGCUUAUGAAUGUCGUUUUGAUAGAGCUGGUAUUGAUCCACGUUCAGUUAUUGAAUUAUCAGAAAUGCCUCAUACAGUAAAAAAAAGAAAACGUGGAAAUCAUACAUCGUCAACAACAACACGUACAGUUAUUAAGAAUAAUAAACAACAACUUCAGACACAUUCCAUACAACAUGAAUAUGAUGAUUUACAAAAACCAUUAAUACUGCCGAAAGAUGUUCAUAAUCCAUCAAAAUAUUCUUCUUAUUAUCAAAAUAUUUCACCUUUAUUUCGACUUACACCACAACAAAUGCCUAUCAAUGAUUUUCAACAUAUUCCAUUUUUAUUACGUGCUGGUUAUUUAGCUGAUAGUAACAAAUAUUUAGAUACACUUCUUGUUUGGCUUAGUGAUCCAUAUACAGCUUCUUAUUUUAAUUUAAAAUCUUUAUCUGGAUUAUUUAAUUCUAUUAUGGAACAAUACAUAGCUUGUCUUUAUGAAUUAUUUGACCAAUCAUUUUUACAACCAUCCUCUACUAAUGAUUAUUAUAUUAAUUGGUUUCUUGAAUUAAAACUACGAAUUAAUGAUAGUAUCACUGGACCCAAGUCUAAUGAACAACGUUUAGAAUCAUUAUUUUUUGGUACACAUCGAUAUGUACUUCAACGAUUAAUGACAAAAAGUACAAAACCAAGAUUAAAUAAUAUUAAUAAUCAUAAACAACAUACUGAUCGUUAUCAUUCUAUUAUGAUACGAUGUUCAUGUCUUUCAACAAUAAUACGAAAUUUAUCAUUUAUUGAAGAAAAUGAAUAUUUAGCUAAUGAUCGUUGUUUAUUAGAUAUUCUAGAACGAAUAUUAAAUUAUUCUCAUUACGAUAUGCAUAAAAUAUUUAAUUAUCAUUCACAUGUACAUGAAAAUAAUUUUGAUACAUGUUCAAAUUGUUCUAAUAUAAUCAGUGAUGAUAAAAUAACAAUGGAAUCUACAAAUCAAAAUGACUUUUUUCAAAAAUUUACUGAACCAUCAACAGAUAUGAAAAUUGUUGAUGAUCCAUUAGCUUGUACAAAUGAUUGUAAUCUACAACAUUUAAUGUAUCUUCUUGAUAAUACAUUUAUUACACUUUCUAAUUUAUCAACAUCUAUAGAAUUUCGUUAUUAUUAUUCGAUAACACGUUAUCGAUUUAUAAAUACAAUUAUUCAUUGGAUAUUAUGUUUAUUAUCAUUUGCUAAUGAACCAUUUAUUUCAAUGAUUUUAGAAGAUAAAUUUUCAAUAAUAUCAUCUACUUCAAAUAAAAAGAACGAACAAAUAUAUAUAUCACCACGUGACAUAUCUCUACAAAUCUUAGCUAAAUUAUGCAUCAAUGAAAUUAAUGUUGAUUAUAUUUUACUUGAUUUGGAUUCUAAACAACUCGUAUCAUUAAGUCAUGCUCUUCUUUCAAUAAUGAAUUCAUCGAAUCAAGAAGAUAUUAAUCGAGAAUAUUGUUUAUUAAUUAUUUGUUCAUUAUGUAAACGUAAUCAAAAAUUAGUUGAGUUUUUUUGUUCACAUAUUAUUUGUAUUGAAUUAAUAUUUAAUUAUCUUGAAUAUUAUGAAUAUAAUCAACAACAAUAUUUAAUUGCAACAUUAACAUCAUAUUAUAAUUCAACAACAACAUCAUCAUCAAAUAUACCAAUAAAUCAUUCCGUCGAUAUGAUGAUAGAUUCAUGUAUACAAUUGUUAUUAUUAUUUGCUUCAAUUAAAGAAAAUAAUUGUUUAAAAUUAUUCGAAUAUAAACUUGUUGAUAUGUCAUCAUCGAUUUAUUUCGAACAAAAAAUAUUAAAAACUUUUGCAGAUAUAUUAUUUAUUAUAAAAACAUAA